AUGUGCAUGAUCAUAUUUGAUCUUACGCCCAGUGACAGUAAAAGGCUUAGAAAUUCCCCAGUGAUAAUUUAUGUGCCUACAUCCAGUAAGAGUAAAAAUGGAGAAAUUCCUAAUUGGUGGAAGGAUACAAAAGUUGUCACUGUCUUGUCCACAGACCUCGGGGUAGAGCCUAUCUCCAAGUGUUUGAGAUACUCAAAGGAGACAAAGAAGGAGGUCAACUGCCCCAAUGUCAUCAAGUAUUACAAUGCACAAAUGGGGGGCAUCGACAAAAGUGACAUGCUUGUUCAGCUCUAUAGUACCCCCAUGAAAUCCAAGAAGUGGUACAUGAGGUUGUUUGUGUACUGCUUGGACCCAUCUGUCUGCAAUGCGUGGCUGUGUUACAGGCGUGAUUGUGUGGCUCUUGGGGAGACGAAGGUGCUAAGCCUCAAGGACUUCAGACUGGAGCUCUUCAAGUACACCAGCAGUCAGAAGCCCAACAUCCAUCUGUGGUCAAGGAGUUCUAACAGCUUGCCACCAGUUGUCACUCUCCCCAACAGCAUGAAAGGGCACAAAACCCCAGGACCAGCAAUCACAGUACAGUUCAACAAGAUUGUCUUCCAUAUCCCUGUGUACCAGAACUGA